AGCUUCAGAUCUGCGAAUCCAACUCGAGAAACAGACUUAUAGACCACCUCCUUCCCGUUUUGAUCCCAACAGUUCUGGCAGUACAUCUCCUGUACCGUCGCUCACUAUCACCAUGUCGUAGCUGAUUGCCGUACAUACGUCAGGAACAAGCAAAGCCCCCUCCCCCCAGAGUGCCCACCAUGUCCUCCGCCAAAUCGCGUCUGUCCAGUUUGGCAGCGCAACUCUUCCCCCCCAGCGCUCAGCUUCCGACCAGCAAGUCCAUCGACAAUCUCAGCAUCGACAACCACACCGUGGGCACACUGUCAUGGUACAACGUCCAUACUCUCUCGCCGGCAUUCUUUCUACCCCGCGCAGCAUCCAUCGAGCCUAAUGCCCCGGCCAUCUAUCACCGCACUGCCAACAACAAGAUCCUGAGAAGGUCGUAUAUCGAGUUCGCCGACAGAGCUCGAGGCUUCGCAUAUUACAUCAAGAAGAAAGGAUACAAGAGAAUCGGGAUAUUGUCCACGAACACUCCGGCCUUCCUCGAGGCCAUCUUCGGCAUCGGGGGCGCGGGCGCAAUCAACAUUGCCAUCAAUUAUCGGUUAAAAAAGGACGACAUUGCCUAUAUCUUCGAUCAUGCUGAUGCCGAUGCGAUCGUGGUCGACGCCGAGUUCGUGGACCUGCUCGAUGACUACAGGCAAACCCAUCCCGACGUGCCCAUUAUCAUCGACACAGACACCGACGCCGUUGAGGGUCAGCUAUGUGGACCCUUUGAUGAAGCCGUGCUUGAAGGCCUCCGGUACGAUACCUCACUAGGCUCUCGUGGCUGGGAUGGUCUCGAGGCCAUGGCCCCCGACGAACUUGCCGUUAAUGCCCUGGCAUACACAAGUGGCACGACCGCCCGGCCCAAGGGUGUCGAGUACACCCACCGAGGUUGCUAUUUGGGAGCUCUGGGCAAUGUCAUCGAAUCCGGUCUUGCAUAUCAUGAUGGUGACCGGUGCAGGUAUCUCUGGACCCUGCCCAUGUUUCACGCGAUGGGUUGGACUUUCCCCUGGGCCGUGACCGCUGCGCGAGGUACACAUUACUGUCUCCGCAAAAUCGACUAUCCAGAGAUUUGGCGCCUGCUAAAGGACGAAGGCAUCACUCAUUACUGUGCCGCCCCGACCGUCAACACUCUUCUGUGCGCUGAUGCCAAUGCCCAAAAGUUGCCCAUCCCUGUGCGAGUCACGGUGGCGGCCAGCCCUCCCACCGCACAUCUAUUUGAGCAAAUGACAAACCUGAAUUUGCAUCCGGUACAUGUUUAUGGAAUGACUGAGACAUAUGGCCCCAUCACAAAAGGUUAUAUGCUGCCGGAAUGGCACAAGUUUCCAAAUGUCAAGGACAAAUAUGCCAAAAUGGCUCGUCAAGGUCACGGCUUUAUCACAUCACUACCCGCUAGAGUGAUCAAGACCGAGGUGCCCGACGGCACGAUCAUUGAUGUCGAGAGGGAUGGCAAGGAGAUAGGAGAGAUCGUGUUCAAUGGCAACAUUUGCGCUAGAGGGUACUACAAGGACGAAGCAGCGACAAGAAAGCUCUUCCUCGGAGGGGUGUUGCACUCCGGAGAUUUGGCAGUGUGGCAUGAAGAUGGAGCCAUCCAGAUUUUGGACCGGGCAAAGGACAUCAUCAUUUCCGGUGGUGAGAACAUAUCUUCCGUCGCCUUGGAAUCGAUGCUUGUCACGCACCCGGACAUUCUCGAAUGCGGCGUGGCUGCCGUCAGCGACAGUCAUUGGGGCGAACGGCCUAAGGCCUUUAUAACCGUCAAACCGAAUGUUAAGGUGACGGGCGAAGAUGUGAUCAAAUGGGCGCGUGACCACCCAGGAAUCAGUCGUUUCAUGGUGCCCCGAGAGGUCGAAAUUGUCCCCGAGCUGCCCAAAACCAGCACGGGCAAGAUCAGGAAAAAUAUUCUUCGGGAAUGGGCCAAAGGCGCAAAGAGAGAAAAGGAGUAAGGGCAUGACUCAGUGUGAUCCGCGAGGCUGAUGCCCAAGGAUGUAUGAGAUCAUUCUAACGUGGGGACAGCGGGCCAUGGUUUCCCUACCAUUCUUAUCAGUGACAUGCCGUAUUUUUGAGCAUGGUUGCAGAGUUCCAUUGUUGAUGUAAUUCCAAGUCGUCUUAUCCUUCGGAGCCUCUUUCCUCGGGUGUGAGAGCCUUUGUGGACAGAAGAUCCGUUGGCAGGUUAUCUUGCACGCACACGGGCCGUGUUUUUCGUCAACUGCCAAAGUUCGGAUUGCAACUGCUCCUAGGUGACGGGCUGGUCGAUCGACAUGAAGCAGUCGCCUUGUCUUUCUGCAGGAGAGGUUCGGCUCAAGCCGGACCAUCGGGAUCGGCAAGAUUCACAGGACACGAACUUGUCCUCGUACCUACCUAUACUCGAAGCAUGUGGAUAGUGGACAGCCCUCGAAAGUGCGGAGCCUACUAGACGUAGUUCGGCAGUGUUUGAGCCUGUUUGCCUUUGCAUCCCACAGCAACAGCCGAUCCUUCAGAAGCACUGUCAAUUCACUGAUGUGGUCGCAGAGCCCACUCUUUCUCUUACCGAACGGCGA